GAUCUUCAUAUUGACUAUUGAAAUAAACAUGUCUUCUCCAUCACAAAACACAAAAAGUAGUCUUGUCCAUGUCUUUCUUGUUUCAUUUCAUGGUCAAGGCAAUGUUAACCCUUUUCUCAGACUAGCGAAACGCCUUGCUAGCAAGGGCAUGUUGGUUACUUUCUGUGCACCCGAGCUCGUUGGCAAAGAGAUGAGAGCUGUCAAUAUGAACUUGAUCAUCGAUCAACCAACUCCUUACGGUGAUGGUAUGAUCAGGUUUGAAUUCUUCGAGGAUGGAUCCUCGGAUCAAUCCAUUAUUGAGGAUUUUGACUUGAGGAUGCAAAUGCUUGAGCAAACCGGACGAAGGAACUUGACUAAGAUCUUGAAGAAACAGGAUGACGAAGGUCGUCCUGUUUCUUGUAUAGUCCACAAUCCAUUUUUUCCAUGGGUAUGUGAAAUUUCUGAGAGUCUUGGAAUACCUAACGCGUUGUUAUGGAUUCAAUCUUGUGCUUGUUUUUCGAUAUAUUACCAUUAUAAUUUCAAUCUAGUACCAUUUCCAAGUGAACUCGAACCUGAAAAGGAUGUCAUCCUACCUAGUAUGCCUGUUUUGAAACACGAUGAUCUGCCUACGUUCCUACUCAAAUCAAGUGGCUUCGAAUUAGUGUUGAAACGGAUUAUGCUGAAUCAAUUCAACAACUUGUCCAAACCUUUUUGCGUACUCGUAGACUCAUUUCAAGAACUUGAACAUGAGGUGGUUAGGCAUAUGUCGAAAAUUUGCCCCAUUAGGACUAUUGGUCCCUUGUUAUUUAAUGACCCUGAAAUCGUUAGCCACAUUCGCGGUGAUUGCACAAAUAUCGAGGAGGAUUGCAUCGAGUGGCUUGACUCGAGGCCAACAUCUUCAGUUGUUUACAUUUCAUUUGGUAGUGUUGCAGUUCCUGAUCAAGAACAAACAGAUGAGAUCGCGUUUGGACUAUUAAAUUCGGGGAUAUCUUUCUUAUGGGUGAUGAAGCCAACCCCUGGCUAUUCUGUUUUUCAGCCUGUUGUGUUACCUGAUGGUUUUCUUUCGAAAGUCGAUGGAAGGGGGAAAAUAGUGAAAUGGUGUCCACAAGAACAAGUCUUGUCUCACCCUUCUACCGCCUUUUUUCUGACACAUUGUGGAUGGAAUUCAUCGAUGGAGGCAAUUUCAAGUGGCGUCCCCAUCAUUGCUUACCCUCAAUGGGGUGAUCAAGCCACGAACGCAAAGUAUUUGGUUGAUGUAUUCAAAAUGGGGAUAAGAUUAAGCAAAGAUGAGAACGGGAGCAAGAUAAUUCGGAGGGAAGAGAUUGAGAAAUGCUUGCGUGAAGCCACUAGUGAUGAUUCGAAGGUAGCAGAGAUGAUAGAAAAUGCGCGUAAGUGGAAGAAACAAGCAGAGGAAGCAGUGGCAGAGCGCGGUUCCUCUGCUAUCAAUAUCCAAGCAUUUGUCGAUGAGUUGAAAAAUAUCCAUGCCAAGAAACAACAAGAAAACGCCUAGUGAUCGACAUUCUUAAUUGAGAAUGUGUGUGUUUGUGUUUUUACCAAUUCUGAAGUUCAAGAUGUACACUUGAAGAUUGUUCAUUCCAAGUUUAACUUCAACCUAGUACAUAAAUAUUGAAUUUAUUUGUUAUUUUACGUUUCUAUUCGA